UCAUUUAUAAAAUAACAAAAAAAAGAAUCGCGAUAAGAAGUUAUUGAGUAAUUUGCCGAUCGUGAGUCUCAAUGGAGCCACCACGUGAUUGUUGUUUCAGUGAAUGAUGAGAACUUUUGUAUUCCACGCAAAUUCAUUCUUUCUUCUCUUUCUCUCCUCGCUACAAAAGUAAUUAUAUAUAUUAAGUAAAUGACGAAGAACACGCUCCGGACGUGCUGUUAAAGCCCCGGCACCAUCUCCAGUACGCACGACACGCCGUACACGCAGAACAGCCCCAGAUCCGGAAGCAGAAAGUAUUCCUGAGGAGGCACAAGAAGAGACUCCCGUGGAAGAAACAAUCGUUCCCGAGGUGGAUGAAAAGCAAAUAAUUGAAGAGAAAAUCAUGGAGGAUGAGGAGACUCCCUCUGAGGAGAUUCCAGCAGUUAUUGAGGGAGCAGCCGUUGAGAAUUUAGCAGAUGACGGUGAAGGUGCUCCUGAGGACGAGAAAAGCUCAUCAUUUCCAUUUGGGGAGAUGCCAUCGGACAUUACGUCGCUGUUUGAGCAAUCCUCAGCAGAUCGAGAUGAUGUCAAUAACAUAAACAGAGAAUCCACAGAUAAUCUCUUUAUUGCCAAUUUGGCAGCAGAAGAGAAUGCCAACAGCCUCCCAUCAGGGACAGAUGACACAGAAGUCCGCGAGGAGGAGGAAAGUGGCACCGCUCAAGCUCCUGCAGAAGUCAACGAGGAGGCAAAGGAGGAAAAAUCCAGCUCAGACGCCAAGAAUGAUAGCGAUGAUUGUGCCAUUGCCGAAGAUCUGCCCAAUGGCCAGGAUAGUCCGGGAAAACAGACAGAUCCUGACACAGAGAUGGUGUCUGAGGAUGAACUCCCAGCCCCAACACAGCCCAAAGUUCAGGACGCCGAGGAGGUGUCAGAUGAUGAACUUCCGGGCCCGAAGCUGGCAGAACUGCCAGCUGAUACGGAAGUUGUGUCAGAGGAUGAACUCCCAGCUGCUGGGAAGGGAAAACGCAAAGCAGACGAAGGAUAUGAUCCAGGAAGCCCAACAGAGUCCACGGAGGCUCCGGAGAAGAAGGCCAAGCUUGAAAGUGCAGCUGAGGAGCCGAAAAAGAAACUUCCAGACUUGGAUAAAUACUGGAAGUCCGUGAAUGAUGAUCCGGCGGAUUUUACUGCCUGGACGUAUCUGCUACAGUACGUGGACCAAGAGGUGGACAUUGAGGCUGCUCGUGAGGCCUAUGACGCCUUCCUAGCUCACUAUCCGUACUGCUACGGCUACUGGCGGAAGUACGCUGACUACGAGAAGCGUCGUGGGAAUAAGAAAAAGUGCGAAGAGGUCUUUGAACGUGGACUGAAGGCCAUCCCAUUGUCGGUGGAUUUAUGGAUUCACUAUUUGGGGCACGUUAAGAGCAACUACGGGGAAGAUGAGGCAUUUGUGAGGUCUCAAUUUGAACGUGCCCUCGCGGCGUGUGGACUUGAAUUUCGCUCAGAUAAACUCUGGGAGUCCUACAUCAAGUGGGAGACGGAGGGGAAGAGAAUUGGGAAUGUUGUAGCGAUCUACGAUAGAUUACUCUGUACCCCAACACAGGGCUACAAUGGACACUAUGACAGCUUCAGUGAGAUUGUCUCCAAUAACACUCCGCAAGUCUUGGUGUCCGUUGAGGAGUUCAAAAGGGUGCGUGCGGAAGUGCGAGAAGCGAGUGGGUCCAAGCCCACAAAAGGGGAUGAAACCCAUGAGUCAGUUAAAGAGAAUUCUCAGAAGAAUGAGAAGAAAAAGGACGACGCGAAGGUAGAUGAGGAUGAAGAGAAGAAAGAGGAGAAAAUGGAAGUUGAUGAUGGGGAGGAAAAGCCAUCGGAGGAUGCAAAAGAUGAACCAAAAACAACCGAAGCAGAGGAGGUGAAGGAAGAAAAAGAAGAAGAGGAAGCCGAUGAUCACGUUGCAAAUGAAGAUGAAGCUCAAGCGAUCAAGGAAAAAAUUCUCUCAUCGCGCAGGAAGUUGCACAAACAAACAGUAGCCGCUGUGACGGCACGAUGGGUCUACGAAGAAGCCAUAAAGCGUCCGUAUUUCCACGUGAAGCCCCUGGAGAGGUGUCAAUUGAAGAACUGGAAGGAUUAUUUGGACUAUGAGAUAGAACAGGGUGAUAGGAAGCGUGUAAUUGUGCUGUUUGAACGCUGCCUAAUUGCAUGUGCUCUCUACGAGGAGUUCUGGUUGAAGCUCAUUCGCUAUCUCGAGGCACAAAAUGAUCCAGAACUCGCCCCAACGACGCGUGAUGCCUUCGAGCGUGCGUGCACAAUCCAUCAUCCCGAUAAGCCUAGUCUCCAUCUCAUGUGGUCGGCAUUUGAGGAGCUUCAGAGUAACUACGCCAAAGCGGCGGAUAUUUUGACGAAUCUGGAGAAAGUCUGUCCAAAUCUCCUCCAAGUGGCGUACAGGAGGAUAAAUCUUGAGCGAAGACGUGGGGACUAUGCAAGAUGCAGCCAAUUGUACGAGCACUACAUCAGUGUGGCCAAGGGGAAGAACAUGGCGAGUAGUUUGGCGAUAAAGUACGCACGGUUCUGUCACAAAGUCAAAGGAGACAUCGAUGAGGGGAUGAAUGUGCUACGAACAGCCCUCGAGAAGGACACCAGUAAUGCCCGGAUUGCUCUGCAGAUGAUUGAUUUGGCACUGCAACGUCCCCAAGUGGAUGAGAAGGAAGUUGUGGAGAUUAUGGACAGCUUCAUGGCACGCGAGGGAAUGGAUGCAGAGCAGAAAGUUCUCUUUGCGCAGCGCAAAGUGGAAUUUCUCGAGGAUUUUGGUAGCACUGCUCGUGGAUUGCAGGAUGCCCAGCGGGAGCUUCAGGUGGCCCUCACGAAGGCGAAUGAGUCCAAGAAGAAGACGAGCAGCAGCAGUAACACCAGCGCUGUGGAAACAACUCCAGCCACGAAGAAGAGCAAUGUGAAGGAGAGUCAACCACCAUUACCCACGGCAGGAUCGGGCUCUGGGUAUGGAUCGUACAACUACAGCAACUCUGGUCAAGCUGCAGCUGGUGGGUAUUACUCAAGCAGUGCAGCACAGUCGGGAUAUGGAUCGUAUGCUGAUGCCAACUAUGGGUACAACCAUUGGAAUCAAUACGGACAGACUGGCUACAGUGGCUAUGGGCAGUGGAGUGGCUACGGCAGUGGUUACUACUGAGCGCUCAUUAAUUCCAUUCUCCGUGGAAGACACAAAACAACAUGGAUGUAGGUUUUAUUCCCUGAAAACCCAUUCCCUAAUCUUUGGGAUUCCUAAUUUUGAUGAAAAGACGAAGAAAUCUGAAUGAAAGAAAUGUCCUUUUUAAAAAGAGAAAAAAAAAAGAAAAUUUGGGGUGAGAUAAUGUUUAUUGAUUUUAUCAGUACACACACAGCAGAUAACAUGAAAGGGAGGGAGGAUCCUUUGGCCAGGAUGGAAGGAUGAAGAUGAUAAAAUGUCGUGAAUGUGUGAAGCAAAUAAAGGGACAUUUUUAAAGGAAAAAA